AUGACAGCAGAUGCACAAAUUCAUGGCUUCCAAACAGGUUCCCUUUUAGCCUUCAGCUUGUUUCUCAUUGGUUGGCCUGCACCUGAUGGGCAUGAUUUUUGUGUCCCUGUUGUUGGUUGGCCUUGUGGGCCAGAUUGUGAUGAACCAGAUUAUGGUGGAGCAACAGGUGGCCCAAAUUGUGGUCGAACACCUACUAGGCUAGAUUGUGAUGAAGCAAAUAGUGGUAGAGCAAUUGCUGGUAAUGGUAAUCAUAAUGGUAACGGUAACGGUAACGACAACGAUAACGGUAACGAUGACGAUAACGAACACGAUAACAAACACGAUAACGGUAACGAUGACGAUAACGAUAACGAUAACAAACACGAUAACGGUAACGGUAACGAUAACGAUAACGAUAACAAACACGAUAACGGUAACGGUAGCAAUAACGAAAACGACAAUGGUAACCGUAACGAUAAUGGUAAUGGUAACGGUAACGAUAACGACAACAGUAACGAUAACAGUAACGAUAAUACUGACGGUAACGGUGAUGAUAACGAUAACAAUAGCAGUAACGAUAACGAUAACGGUAAUGAUAACGGUAACGGUAACGAUAACUGUAACGAUAAUGGUAACGAUGAAGAUAACGAUAACGGUAACGGUAACGAUAAUGGUAAUGGUAACGGUAGCGGUAAUAGUAACGGUAACGAUAACGGUAAUGGUAACGGUAACUAUAACGGUAAUGAUAAUGGUAACGGUGACGAUAACGACAACGGUAACGAUAACGGUAAUACUAAUGGUAACGGUAACGAUAACGGUAAUGGUGACGGUAACGAUAAUGGUAACGAUAACGGUAACAGUAACGGUAACGGUAACGACAAUGGUAACGAUAACGGUAAUGAUAAUGGUAACGGUAACAGUAACGAUAACAGUAAUGGUAAUCAUAAUGGUAACGGUAACGGUAACGACAACGGUAACGGUAACGAUGACGAUAACGAUAACGAUAACGAUAACGAACACGAUAAUGGUAACGGUAACGAUAACGAUAACGAUAACAAACACGAUAACGGUAACGGUAGCAAUAACGAUAACGACAAUGGUAACCGUAACGAUAAUGGUAAUGGUAAGGGUAACGAUAACGACAACAGUAAUGGUAACGAUAACGGUAAUGGUAACGAUAACGAUAAUGGUAACUGUAAGACCCGUGAAAUUUAA